UUUAAACAACUGCAAAACACACUUUACACUGCAUGUUUGAACAGUACAUGAGCUAAUUUCUGGCUUGUUUUCAUCGAGUAAGCUGUUUGUGUGUUUGACUUCGACAUUAAGAGCAGCAGCAGGCAGUAAGUAGCUUUAGGUGAGGAAAACAUUAAGUUCAUUAAGAACUGAGCUAUUUUAAUGUUUUGUAUGCUCGUGUAAAUGAUGGUUUCGAUGUUUGCAGUGAUAAUGUUGCUGGUAAGCCGCGUUCAGACUGCACGAUUUUAGCCCAGGUUUUGUCUUGCCGACAUGUUUUGAGAAAUCGCCGACAAAUGCCCGAAAUCACAAGCAAAUCUGAGCUCGUUCACGCGAGUGACACUCACGCAGUAUGAAUGAGCAAAGAUCUGAGAGAAUCGCCGAUGAGUCACUGAUGCCCGUGAGAUAUUUUGCGUGCUAAAUAUCUGGACCUGUGGGCGAUUCAAAAUCAUGCUGUCUGAAAACUACAUCGGCAAUGACCGACAGCCAAUGAGAGAGCAAGAUACAGAGCAGCGGGAGUUCGGGGAGGAGUUAUAGACCACAAUAUCAGCAAAAUCUGUCCCUUUAAGAAGAGGCCAUCACCAUUAGUGACAUCAUUACAACAGAUUUUUUUUAUAUCUUAAGUGGCGGGAAUUUCAACUGCUGAGUUGUGACUACGUUUUGAAGCAAGCAGGAAUAUCAGGAGGAGUGUCAUCUGAACUGAGAUCUGCUGCUGUGAAGAUGGAGUUUGUUAAAGAGAAGAGUGAAGAACAUAUGAGUGAACCAGAAACCCGGGGAAUAAAACACGAGGAACCAGAAACCCAGAGAAUAAAACACGAGGAACCAGAAACCCAAAGAAUAAAACACGAGGAACCAGAAACCCGGGGAAUAAAACACGAGGAACCAGACACCCGGGGAAUAAAACACGAGGAACCAGAAACCCGGGGAAUAAAACACGAGGAACCAGAAACCAAGAGAAUAACUCGCGGGGAGCCAGAAAGCCGGGGAAUAAAACUUGAGGAGCCAGAAACCAAGAUAAUAACCAGAAACACAGAGAAUAAAAUGCAAGGAGCCAGGAGAAUAAAACACGAGGAACAACGAGGCCUGAUGAAACUGAAAGAAGAAAGGCAAGAUCUGAAUGAUGUGGAGGAGAAAUAUCAGGAUCAGAAAGAUCAUGAUGUCAAUGGUGAAAAAUCAGUGAGUUGCAGCAUUAAAAAAACAGAAGUCAAAAGGCCUUUUAGCUGCUCUCAGUGUGGAAAGAGUUUCAGACGUAAAGCAACCCUUAAUAGGCACAUGCUAAUUCAUGCUGGAAUAAAGCCUUUCAGCUGCUUUCAGUGUGGAAAGAGUUUCAGACUUAAAGCAACCCUUAAUAGGCACAUGCUAAUUCAUGCUGAAAUAAAGCCUUUCAGCUGCUCUCAGUGUGGAAAGAGUUUUACCGUGAAAGCAAGCUUAAAGGAUCACAUGUUAGUUCAUACUGGAAUAAAGUCUUUCAGCUGCUCUCAGUGUGGAAAGAGUUUCACACAGAAAGGACACCUUAAGUAUCACAUGUUAAUUCAUACUGGAAUAAAGCCUUUCAGCUGCUCUCAAUGUGGAAAGAAUUUCAGACUUAAAGCAAACCUUAAUAAGCACAUGCUAAUUCAUGCUGGAAUAAAACCGUUCAGCUGCUCUCAGUGUGGAAAGAGUUUCACACAGAAAGCAAGCUUAAAGUAUCACAUGUUAAUUCAUACUGGGAUAAAAUCUUUUAGCUGUUCUCAGUGUGAAAAGAGUUUUACACAGAAAGGACACCUUAAGGAUCACAUGUUAAUUCAUACUGGAAUAAAGCCUUUCAUAUGCUCUCAAUGUGGAAGGAGUUUCAGAAUUAAAGCAAACCUUAAUAAGCACAUGCUAAUUCAUGCUGAAAUAAAGCCUUUCAGCUGCUCUCAAUGUGGAAGGAGUUUCAGACUUAAAGCAAACCUUAAUAAGCACAUGCUAAUUCAUGCUGAAAUAAAGCCUUUCAGCUGCUCUCAGUGUGGAAAAAGUUUCAGAAAUAAAGCAAACCUUAAUAAGCACAUGCUAAUUCAUGCUGAAAUAAAGCCUUUCAGCUGCUCUCAGUGUGGAAAAAGUUUUACACAGAAAAUACGCUUAAAUGCUCACAUGUUUAUUCAUACUGGAUUAAAGCCUUUCAGCUGCUCUCAGUGUGGAAAGAGUUUUACCGUGAAAGCAAGCCAUGGAAGGCACAUGUUAAUUCAUACUGGGAUUAAGUCUUUUAGCUGAUCUCAGUCUGGAAAGAGUUUUACAGAGAAAUGACACUAAAAUGCUCAUUUGGUAACUCACUCUUCAUAAAAGCCUUUCACCUUAGGGAGUUAAAGCUGCAGUAGGUAACUUUUGUAAAAAUAUAUUUUUAAGUAAUUUAUUUGUUAAACCUGUCAUCAUGUCCUGACACUAGAAUAUGAGACAGAUAAUCUGUGAAAAAAAUCAAGCUCCUCUGGCUCCUCCCAGUGGUCCUAUUGCCAUUUGCAGAAAUACAUGGCUCCCGUUAGGAAACAACCAAUCAGAGCUGCGGUCCGUAACUUUGUUUGUGUUCAAAAUAUAGAAAAAUUUAUAUAAUAAGCGAGUACAACAUGAAUCCAUUUUCCAAACCGUGUUUUUAGCUUGUCCUGUAUCACUAGGGUGCACCUAUAAUAAGUGUUUAUAUUCAGACUAUUUUAGAUUGCUUUGGGGGUACCGCGGCGGAGUAACCCAGUACCUUUGUGAUUCUUCAUAGACAUAAACAGAGAGAAGUAGUUCUGGCUACGAUGUUCUUCCGCAAGAUGCAAGCAGUUCUGUUUAUUAACCGCUAGAGUGUCAAAAGUUACCUACCGCAGCUUUAAAGUAAAUAACUGUUUUUCUUAAUGACUAUUCUUAUCAACUGGAUCACCUCGAGGAUGUGUCCUCUACCCCUUAUUAUUUAUUUUGUACACAAAGGCUGUAAGAGUAGUUAUAGAAGUAGGCAUAUUUUAAAAUUUGCUGAUAAUUCUGUUAUCGUUAGCUUAAUGAGUGGCACAAUGUGUAAUUUUUCACCCGCUAGAGGGCGUGUAUUCAAAAUACGCCAUCUAAGUGAAACAAGGCUAAUGAAUGAGCAUGACACGCGUAUAGUUCGAAAGCGGCGGAGCUUUUAUUAUGCCACAGUCGAUCGCUUCCAGUUGUGCGUAUUAGAGGUAAAGCAGCACUGUUUUAUCAUACUAGAUUCUUUUGAAAUUCCAAUUAUAAUGCUACUCUGUGCGGUCGUCACUGGUUUUGAAUAACAAUUUUUUUUUUUUUCCAAUACUGAGGUUUUGUGUAAGAGGGGCAGCAAAGUUUGUAUUGCUUGCAGAAACUAAGGUUAUUAAAUGUGGACAAAACAUUGAUUGAGUUACUUGACAUUGAGUUAGUGUUAUCUUUUUUCACAGUUGUGCUGGUUUAAUUCUUUAAAAGUGAAAAACAUGAAUUGUCUUGAGAUGAUUGUAAACCAGGGAGGUAAAAUAACUUUCAUGUAUCCCCUCAGUUGUAAAGUUUAAAAAUUUAAAGUAAGAACUUUUUAGGAAGGAAAUGUAUUGUGUUUUUGUUGUUUAUGUGAAAAUCAACCAAAUUGCCUUCGGGAAAUAAAUAAAAUGAACUGAACUGAACCUGCUCUAAGUAUGGAAAGUGU